UCUUGCUCAGUUCUCACCAGAUCUUAAUAAGCCACUUUUAUAAAUGCGUUGCGUCGACAAGGAGAGAAACCCAACCGGAUAUAGAGGCGCAAGCAAAGCUGAAGAGGGAGAGAGGGCUGCCGUUCUGUAAAGAGAGAAAGAGACGCGUCUGACGUGCCUUGGGAGAUUUCUUGCCUUGCAGCGCUUGAUUCGGAUACACAAAUCGUCUCCAGGUUCCUGGUCAGAAUUUUGGUGAUCCAACUGGUACUUUCAUCUGAUUAGAUAAAAAGGUGAAGUGAUUUGGCACGUUCCGGCUGUCUUAAGGUUGAUGAUGGAUGCCAAACUUGCACAAAGGCCACAGUUCUCUGCAUGGAUCGAUUCGGAAAAGGUUGGAAGAAAAUCAAGGUGCACGCUAAGGGUUCCCCAAAAAUUACGAGAAGGGAGAUGUCGUGUGCUCAUUUCGGGCCAUUUAGAGCCUACAGGAAGUUUUAAUCGGCAUAAGUCGAUCUCUUUAGAAGUUCCUUGUUCAUACCGAGAGUUUCCAGGAGCUCCAAGAUUGCAAUCUGGAAGUUUCAACUCGCCUUUCGAUGAAGCUUUGAUAUUGAAGAAUAAAUCGCAAGAGAUUGAGCCAUUUUUAAGUGGGCGCUGUAUAUAUCUUGUUGGAAUGAUGGGUUCCGGAAAAACCACCAUUGGCAAGGUCCUGUCUCAAGUACUUAGUUAUAAUUUUUGUGACAGUGACUCAUUGGUGGAGGAGGAUGUUGGAACUUCUGUAGCUGAGAUCUUCAAGCUCUAUGGAGAGGGAUUCUUCAGAGAGAAGGAGACUGAGAUGUUGAGAAGAUUGUCAAGAAUGCAUCGCAUGGUGGUUUCUACCGGUGGUGGUGCGGUUAUCCGUCCUGUCAAUUGGAGACACAUGCAGCAGGGGAUUAGUGUCUGGUUAGAUGUGCCUUUGGAAGCAUUGGCACAGAGAAUUGCUGCUGUGGGAACACAUUCUCGCCCACUUUUGCAUGACGAAUCAGGUGAUGCCUACACAAAGGCAUUAACACGCUUGUCUAAUCUUUUGGAAGAGAGGAGUGAAUCAUAUGCAUAUGCCAACGCUCGCGUUUCUUUGGAAGAAAUUGCGGCUAAGCUAGGUUACAGAGAUGUGUCACACAUCUCACCAACUGCUAUUGCUAUUGAGGCACUUGAACAAAUCGAGGGUUUCCUCAAAGAGGAAGAUGGCAUGGCGUUUGGGACAUUGUAGUCGCUCUUUUUGGGACACUAUCAUUUUUUUUUUAUUCAUUUCAGACUCCUUUGUGUUUGGGGCAUCAUUUCACAUGCCACGUCCCUAAUUUUAUCGUCAGGACGAGGCAUUGUGUUGUUUGUUCAUAUCGUAAUGUACGGUGGUUCAAUAAUAUGACAGCCGAAUACUUCGGUGUACUUAUGCUGGACUUGAGGUGAAGCAAUAUUUUUUAGGCAAAAUGAGAAUGGGGACUUAGACACAAGUGGAUAUAGAGUCCUUGUCUUUAUACCAGUAUGAUAUGUUACCCCAUCUAUGUAAGGAAAAAUGAAUAAUCUGAAUAUACAUUACUGUUGGCAAGGUUGCA